AGAUAAAAAAAAAAAAAAAAAAUCAGAAUUCCCAUUCUGUCCAGCUGCUGUGAAUCUUGAGAGAUUGACAACAGCUGAAAGAUCUGUGGGCAGUAUCGUCCAAAAUAUCUUUUCCUCCCUUCCUUGGAUUCUUCCUUAUUAAAAGCCCGAGUAGAAAGCAACGACGCUUCGGCAUUUUUCUUACUAAUCUUUCCGAGUGUCCGAGUCUCGCCGGGAAUGUCAGACUCUACCGUCUAUCCAACGCCAUGUUGUCAGAUUCCGGUUACCGGAGUGGAGCCGGCACCUGUCUCGGAGCUGCAUGUUUUGGCCGUGGAUGACAGCAUGCUCGACCGGAAGCUGAUUGAGAGGUUGUUGAAGGGUUCGUCUUAUAGAGUAACGACGGUUGAAAGCGGUAAGAGAGCGUUGGAAUUGUUGGGUCUGGGGAAGGAUGUUUCUUUCAAGAAACCGAAUGUAAAUAUGAUUAUUACAGAUUAUUGUAUGCCAGAGAUGACAGGAUUCGAUCUUCUCAAAGCAAUAAAGGAGUGUUCUGAACUGAGAGAAAUCCCAGUAGUGGUUGUUUCCUCAGAAAAUGUCCCAACAAGGAUCAGCAGAUGCAUGGAACAAGGAGCGGAGGAAUUCCUGCUGAAGCCUCUUCAGCGAUCUGAUGUACUGCGAUUGCAUAAUCAUAUGUUGGGGAUGAAUCGCCUUGGCAGCGUCAGCUGAAAUUGCUGGAAAAUGCCUGUUUUUUUUUUUUUUCAUUGCAUGAAAUAAAAUUCUAUUAUGAAAAGAUUAUUGGAAGGCAAAAGUGUAGUUUCAUGGAGUUGUGAGGGUAUAUUCGCCUAUUAAUAUAUGCCCACCUUUUUCCAA